AGCAGAAUCGACCGUACUAUCUCGUUCGCAAGAAAACGAAAAAUCCUGGGCGGCGGGACAGUACCAACUGAGGCACAUCAUUCGCUUUCUUUUCGGAUCUCAUCACCGCCGUUCACGGCGGUGCCUCCGCACCACUCGCCACCGCUCUCACUUCGACCCAUCUCUCGCCGGUGACAUCUCCGAUGUAGCUGUUUUGUUGAAUGAAAUCUGUGUUGUAGAGUAAGCUGUUGUCAUGUGAGAACAUUGGGAGGUUUUGUCGCAUUUGCAGAAUUUACUAUGAUUGUAUGGAAAAAGCACUUAUAUGCAACAUCAAGUGCCGGCAUUCGAUUUUGGUGUUUGCCUGACAGGGAAACUCUCUGCCACUGCCACUUUCGCUGCUGGCAUUCAAGUUUGCCUCCUCUACUUUUCCUUUCAUGUAUCCUGAUUUGGACCCCUGUUUACAUGAUGAGAUGGUGGUUGCAACCUUCAAAGGACCUCCUAGUGAGUGUUGUGAGAAUAAGAAAAUGGAAAGAAAGCCUUCUGGGAGAAGACGUGUAUUUGUUCAGACUGAUACUGGGUGUGUUUUGGGAAUGGAAUUAGAUAGAUGUGACAAUGCCCAUACUGUGAAAAGGAAAUUACAAGUUGCAUUCAAUGUUCCAACUCAGGAAAGCUCACUUAUAUGUGGGGACAUGGUCUUGAAGAAUGACCUAAGUGUGGUUAGAAAUGAUUCUCCACUUCUUCUCACUAAGACUUUUUUACAUAGGAGUUCAUCUACUCCAUGCCUUUCACCUACUGGCAGGGAUCUUCAGCAGAGGGAUCAGGGUGGGCCGAUUGAGGUUAUAGGUUGCUCAGAUAUGUUUGCAGGAGCCAAACAACUGGUUAAGGAUAUUAUGAAGGCAAUAAAAGUUGGCAUUGAACCAAUUCCCAUUCACGGUGGAUUAGGGGGUGCAUAUUAUUUUCGGAAUAGUGACGGUGAAAAUGUUGCUAUUGUGAAACCGACUGAUGAGGAACCUUAUGCACCAAACAACCCUAAAGGUUUUGUAGGCAAAACUCUUGGACAACCAGGACUGAAACGUUCAGUGAGGGUUGGGGAGACAGGUUUCAGAGAAGUUGCAGCUUACCUUCUUGACCAUGAUCAUUUUGCGAAUGUGCCCUGUACUGCCCUUGUGAAGGUCAGACAUUCUAUUUUUAACGUUAAUGACAGGGUCAAUGGUAGUAUGCAGCAUAACAAGAAACAAAUAAGCAAGAUUGCAUCACUACAGCAGUUCAUUCCUCAUGAUUUUGAUGCAAGUGAUCAUGGAACUUCUAGUUUCCCUGUUUCUGCUGUUCACAGGAUUGGGAUUUUGGAUGUGCGAAUUUUAAACACUGACAGACAUGCAGGAAAUCUUCUGGUCAGGAAGCUUGAAGGGUCUGGAAGGUUUGACCAGGUGGAGCUUUUUCCCAUUGAUCAUGGUCUUUGUCUCCCUGAAAGUUUGGAAGAUCCUUAUUUUGAAUGGAUCCAUUGGCCUCAGGCAUCAAUUCCUUUCUCAGAUGACGAACUCGACUACAUAUAUAAUCUAGACCCAUUUCGAGAUUCAGACAUGCUUAAAAUGGAACUGCCCAUGAUUCGAGAAGCAUGCUUGCGAGUUUUAGUUCUCUGCACAAUCUUCCUCAAGGAAGCGGCAGCUUUUGGUCUUUGUCUAGCAGAGAUUGGUGAAAUGAUGAGUAGGGAAUUUCAGGGACACGAAGAAGAGCCCAGUGAGCUUGAGCUUAUCUGUAUUGAAACAAAGAAACAGUUGGAUCAGGAAGAAUUAUUUUCUUUUGAAGCAGAAGUAGUAGACAAGGAUGCAAUUCAGUUUGAGUUAGAUUGUGAGGAUCAGGAUUUGAAUUUGAAUACAAAAGUAGAAGAGAAACCAUCCGUGAUGUCACCUUUUCAAGUUGGAGCAAGAAAUGGAGUCGUUAGGAACACACUUUGUAAACUAGAGGAGAGUGUGAUGGAGGAGGACGAGACUGGAAGUCAAGGAGAGUUACCCCCCUUAGGUAGUGAUGAAUACAAUGGUGUGGGAAAUGGGGUGCCUAAUGUUUCACAGCUGUCUUUGUCUGUGAAAAACACAAGAGCUGGUGAAAAAGGUCGGCAGCAAUCGGGUAUAAAGCAAAAGAGUGGCUUUUUGGCUGGUACCUCAUCUGGAAAUACAACUGUGAAUGACUUGCCUGCAAGCUCAAGUUUCGUGAAGUUAACAGAUAUGGAUGAAGACAGGUGGAAUCAGUUUCUUGAGAGUUUUCAGAGGUUGUUGAUCCCAGCAUUUUUUAAUUGCAAACAAGGAAAUGCGAGCAAGAAGCAGAGACAGAGACUUGGAACUUCAUGCCAAUUUUAGGGGGACCAUAGAUGAAAGGUGAAGUGAGUCAAUAAAUAUUAGAGGCUUUUACAGUAUGUCCCUUCCCAUGGUACACUGAAUUAUUAUAUAUAGAUAAAUAAGUAAAGAAACUUUACUUUCGCAAGUCCAGGAGGAAGAAGUUUGCUGUAGUAGAUAGUAACGAAGAUUUGCAGGUAGUGAGGUCUUGCAUCAGCAAAUAGAGCCAGGAUUCUAUACAACAGUAGGUGUGAAGACUGUGUCCUGAUUUGCUUUUUUUUUUUUUUUUUUCCUACUGGUUAGUAGUAUGUUGAAUAAUCGAGAGCAGUAGAUACCAAAAUAAGUUGUGUAUACUAAAUGUUUUUCUUGGAGAUCUAAAUGCUAUUUCUAGUGUGGUUUGUUUGUUGCAUUUA